GCUUUCCAGAAACUGAUUGAACAGUGCAAAUAUGAAGGGAUAUUUUGUUCAGUGAUGGGUUUUGGUGUAAAAAAAUCCAGCUUGAUAGUGACAUUAGCUUCAGACGAGGUAUCAAGUACAGUGAUUAUGAUAUGUGAUAAUAAACUUGAGGUGAGAGACUGUUGCUGAAUUUUAAUGAGAAGUUACAUGUUUGAAGAUCAUCACACCAAUACAACAACGCUGAUGCUGUACUUAUAAAAUUAGCAUGUUUUCAAUGUGGUUUAUAUAUUUCUGAUAAAAAUGAACAAGUAGUACAACAAAUGUAUACUAUAAAUCAAAAAACAAUAUCAGUAUUUCGGGAAUACUACUUUACACACUCUUUACGGGUUCUCCAAAAUAACUUAAAUGAUAGUCAACAUCGUAAAAAUAAUGACGUAAUGUAUUAAAAUAAACAAUAAUAUUGAGACGAUGAGUUUGGGCAGUAUGUCGGGCGCCGCGGCGAGCGGAGCCGGCAGCUCGGUGUCCGCACUAGGCGGGCUCGGCGGCUCUCUGGAGGACAAGGACUGCGACCUGCUCUGCCCCGUGUGCUUCAACCUCAUAGACGAGGCGUACGUGACGCGUUGCGGUCACUCCUUCUGCUACGCCUGCAUCGCCAAGUCCGUGGAACUCCAUCGCCGCUGUCCGAAGUGCGGCGCCGCGCUGGCCGGUCGCGAUCAUUACUUCCCGAACUUUCUUCUCAACGAAUUAGUAGCGCGGAGACGACUACGGACGAGACCUCAAGUAGUCAGCGGGCCCGUGUCGACGUCUCCGGGUCCGGAUGCGGAGCGUCUUCGAGCUCUGCUAGCCUCCGAGGCCAGACACCUAGCGCUGCCCGACGUGGAAGGAAUGCUCGACGUGCUGACGAGACGGAAACGCCUCUUGGAAGCGGAGUCGGCUGCUGCUCAUCACAAACUUCUGUACGAGUUCCUGUCGCAGCUGCUGCGACACAGAACGCAUCAGCUAGACCAGUUGGCGCGAGAAGCGGCACUUGUAAAAAAGGACAUGGAGCACGUGGCGGGCGUGCUGCACGAGCUGCGCGCGGGCGCGGCGGAGCUGGCGCGCGCGCCGCCGCCCGGCGAGCCGCCCGCCGCCUGCGAGCCCGCGCGCCUCGGCGAGCUGGGGGACGCCGCGCCGAGGAGCCCGCCCGCAGAGGAGGAGGAGAGCUUCGCGAGUGCGGGGGGUGGGGGCUCGGGGGACGCCCUGUCGGCGCGCUGGAGGCGGCUCGCCGCGCACUUCGACGACUUCGUGCAGUGUUACUUUGCUCAUCGUGCAGACGAACUUUAUUUCCCUGGAUCAGGCUCUGCCACGCCCGCCGUCGGCCUCCCGGCUACCUCCGGGCCGUCUCCCGGCCCCCCCACGUCACUCUCGCAGCCCCUCGGCGCCGGCGGCGCCGCCGACGCGGACCCCGUGCCGCAGCAGACCUCCGCGCCCGAGACGAGGGCCUCCAGCGCCGCAGGCGACCAGCGCGCGCCCGAGGGGGACCCGCAGCCGCCCAGCGCCGCACCGAGCACAGUGGGGGCCCCGACGCCGGCGAGCGCGCCGGGGGCCCCGGGCGCCGGCGGCGAGGGGGGCUUCGGCGGCCUCGAGGCGUUCCGCGAGGACUUGGCCGCCUUCACCCGCUACCGCGCGCUGCGGCCGCUCGCCACGCUAUCGUACUGCAGCGACGCCAUCAACUACUCCACCAUCGUGUCCACCAUCGAGUUCGACAAGGACGACGAGUUCUUCGCCAUCGCGGGCGUGACGAAGCGCAUCAAGGUGUUCGAGUUCGAGGCCGUGGUGCGCGACGCCGUGGACGUGCACUACCCGUGCGCCGAGAUGCAGUGCUCGCACAAGAUCUCGUGCGUGUCGUGGAACGCGUACCACAAGCACGUGCUGGCGUCGUCGGACUACGAAGGCACGGUGAGCGUGUGGGACGCGCACGCCGGCGUGCGGACGCGCUCGCUGCAGGAGCACGACAAGCGCUGCUGGUCCGUGCACUUCAACCGCGCCGACGUGCGCCUGCUGGCCUCGGGCUCCGACGACGCGCGCGUCAAGCUGUGGUCGCUCAACGCCGAGCGCUCCGUGGCCACGCUGGAGGCCAAGUUCAACGUGUGCUGCGUGCGCUUCAACCCGCGCUCGUCGUGCCACCUGGCCUUCGGCUCGGCCGACCACUGCGUGCACUACUACGACCUGCGCGCUCCGCGAGCCCCGCUGGCCGUGUUCCGCGACCACCGCAAGGCCGUGUCCUACGUCAAGUUCGUGGACGCCCGCACGCUGGUGUCGGCGUCGACCGACUCGCAGCUCAAGCUGUGGCGCGUGGAGUCGCCGCGCUGCGUGCGCAGCUUCACGGGCCACGCCAACGAGAAGAACUUCGUGGGGCUGGCCACGGACGGCCGCUACGUGGCGUGCGGCUCGGAGAACAACGCGCUGUACGUGUACUACGCGGGCCUGUCGCGCCCGCUGCUGGCGUACCGCUUCGACGCCGUGCGGGGCUUCCUGGAGCGGGAGCGGCGCGACGAGGAGCCGGCCGAGUUCGUGUCGGCCGUCUGCUGGCGCCGGGCGCCGGACCGGCCCGCGCUGCUGGCCGCCAACAGCCAGGGCACCAUCAAGGUGCUGGAGCUCGUCUAGCCCGGCCUCGGGACUCCUAUAAAUACCUUCUGUAUACCGUUAUUUUAUUAUCAUUUAAUACUAACGACACUUUCGAAACGUCCCGUCGCCGACAAGAGACUGCACGCCGUGCCCGACGCCG